GCCCGCGGCGAGCGUCACACCCGGAAGCAGGGCCCCGCGAGGAGCCGGCAGCAAUGAGCGGGGAGCCAGCGCAGACGUCCGUAGCGCCCCUUCCCGGGGAGGUCGAGCCGGGCAGUGGAGUCCACAUCGUGGUGGAGUACUGUGAACCCUGCGGCUUCGAGGCGACCUACCUGGAGCUGGCCAGUGCUGUGAAGGAGCAGUAUCCGGGCAUUGAGAUCGAGUCGCGCCUGGGGGGCACAGGCACCUUUGAGAUAGAGAUCAAUGGACAACUGGUGUUCUCCAAGCUGGAGAAUGGGGGCUUUCCCUAUGAGAAAGAUCUCAUUGAGGCCAUCCGAAGAGCCAGCAACGGAGAACCCCUAGAAAAGAUCACCAACAGCCGUCCUCCCUGCAUCAUCCUGUGACUGCACAGACUGGGUUCCUGCUCUGUUCUGGGGUUCGAGUCUUGGUCUCCCCUGUGGUCCUGCUGGGAGCUCCCCCUACCACUUUCCUGUACUUAGCUCCUUAGCAAAGAGACCCUGGCCUCCACUUUGUCCCUUUGAGUUCACAGAAGGAAUAGAAGAUUCCAUGGUGUUGGGGGCAGGAGAGAGAUACUCUCCACGGACACUUCCCCAGCCACCUUAUACCCGCUUCCCAGGAUAAGUGCCCCCGCAAGCCCAGCCCUCUCUCCAGCUUGGUAAUACCUGUACCAUGUCACGGUAGAUCUUAUUUAUUCUCCCCUAGUCCAUUGCAGUGUCAGCUAUUGGCAAUAAAGUGGCACUACCAACACUAA